AUGGUGUUUGCCGACAUUUUCGGCGGCGGGCUGCUGAGGGUGCUCAACAGUGCGCACACAUCCAUCCGUAAACCUGCCCGAAGACGGGGCACCGCGUGCCGUGCAAACAGAAAGGUUGCAGAGGCUGUGGCAUUGCUGUUGCGCGCAUCCCCGACUGACGUCGGGACCCUGGCAUCGUUCUCGGCUGGCGCUUCUCACACUUGUGCCUUGCAGGCAGAUGGACGCCCUGUUUGCUUUGGACCCAUUGAUGGCGCGGACAAAGCGCCAAACUCGACCUGUCUUUCCAUAUCUUCAGGCCAUUACCAUGCCUGUGCCGUAACAUCUGAGCUGCUGCUAUAUUGCUUCGGUGAGAACUGGGCAGGACAGUGUGAGGUGCCCGCAGGUUUGGGACCAGUGCUGACUGCCUCUGGAGGCCUCCACCAUACAUGCGCGGUGAAGGUGGAUGGCCAGUUGGUUUGCUUCGGAGGUAAUGAGAGAGGCGAGUGCAAUGUGCCCCCCGAUCUGCACUCAGUUGGGACCGUUUCUGCUGGUGGCCAGCACACCUGCGCGCUGAAGACUGAUGGCCGGCUUGUUUGCUUUGGUUCCAACAACGUUGGCCAGUGCGAUGUUCCAGCAGACAUCGGGCCGGUUCUGGCGGUCUCCGCGGGCAACCACCACACAUGUGCCAUCAAUGUCGGUGGCCACCUGGUGUGUUUCGGAUGGAACAGCCGCGGCCAGUGCGACGUGCCGGAGGACCUGCAGGCCGUCGUGGCCGUAUCCGCAGGUGCUGUUCACACCUGUGCUGUGAGGUCCGAUGGGCAGCUGCUGUGUUUCGGAGCGAAUCAUGCGGGCCAGUGCGACGUUCCGGCAGAUUUGGGGCCCGUCGUCGCAGUUUCCGCAGGAAGCGCCCACACCUGCGUGUUGAGGAGAGAUGGCAGAUUGGUAUGCUUCGGGUUGAACCAGACGGGCCAGUGCAAUGUUGGUGGACCCAAAACUCCGUAG